GUGCACACAACUGAAAUAUGUAUAAAUCUAGCUACCUGCGUGAAGUGCACAAGGAGAAAUACGAAAGAAGUGAUGCUUUUGAUGAGCAAAAAUUCGUAGACUUUGGCAACCUUGGCUUAUCACAGGUUCAAGGGCUAGAAAACCUUCAGGAGCUAAAUGAAAGGUUUACUAACUAUAUUAACAGAGCUAGGGUACUGGAGCAAAGAAAUGCCAUCUUUAGGAAGCAGCUGGAGACCUUCCAGCGAAUGGAUGAAAUCUCUGGCCUGGAAGAGGCAUUCGAAGAACAGAUAGAACUGAACCACCAGAGAAUCCGGGAGCUGUCUUCUGAUCGGUCCCGUCUCGAAAGGGAGUACAAAGAUGCCCAGAGGAUGGUGGAAGAAUUCAAAAACAAAUAUAAAAAUGAAUGUGAGUACCAGCUGCAUCUUAAAGACAAUCUUGAAAAUCUUAAUAAGGAAGCAGAUGAAGCUUUGCUCGGCAAUCUUGAGCUACAGAUCCAAUCACAGUUCCUGCAAGAUGAUAUAAAUGCAGCAAAGGAAAGGUACAAGAAGAACCUCAUGGAAAUCCAGACCUAUGUAAGCAUAUUGCAGCAGAUCAUUCAAACGACACCCCCUGUAGCAGCUAUUACAGUCGGCAUGGGCGAGGAAAAGCUGAUAUCUGAAAGAAGAAUCCCAAUCUUGCAGAGCCAGCUAGAGGAAUAUAAGAGCAUUCUGUGUCAGCUUCAAGCUCAGAAGUUAAAAUUUCAGUCUGAGACCUUGAUGCUGGAGCAAACCAUUAAGAGCACGCAGGAGAGUUAUGACGAUGAAAUACAGCUGUACAAUGAUCAGAUUGAAGUCCUCAAGAAAGGAAUGGAGGAAGCGGAAAAGUCACAGGAAACGUUAACGAAUGAUUGUCGCCAUCUAGCCAUAUAUCAGCAAUCCUUAGAGCAUGAACUUGAGAGGUAUAAACGUAUCAUUGAGAAUGAGGAUAACAGAUUAAACUCGGCAAUAGUUGGAACUCCAAUUACUCUUUUUAUGCAAAGUUUCAAAUCCUCUCAGAUGUCAGCAACAAGAGGAAGAGAUAUCACACUGGCUAUACAAGAUAUUGCUACAGCAAAGCCAAGACAAAAGGGUUUUCAAAGAAAAAUGUUAAAAAGAAAAGAGAUACCAUGCAUAGAUAUUAGUGAUAUUGACAAUAAACAUAACGUUUGUGAGAAAAUCCAAAGUAGCAUAGAGAAGAGCCCCAGGGAAAGUAAACAUGAUUACUCUACACUUGGUGAAGCAGAAUUGGAUUCUUUUAAACCUGGUGUGAGUGAAGAAGAUGUACCCGAUGGGGCACAGAUAAGUAAAGCAUUUAAUAAACUAUAUGAUUUGGUAAGGGGAAGAAUGAUCACCUAUACAAUUCCAGAACCCACAGCUGAAUUGUUUGCAAAGAGUCGUUAUGUUCUUGUAACAGGCCAAUCCAGUUAUGAGGACCCUUGCUUCUAUUCAUCUACCACUCAGACCGGUGGUAGGAUAAGUGUUAGCAUCAUCCAGGGUGUGAUGCCAGGUAAUGACAUCGUACCUAUUCCUGAGCUGCCCGAACCUUCUGAACCUUCAGACAGUGGAGACGAUGAGGCAAAUAUGAAAGAUAAACAUCCUGAAAAGCCAGAAGAUGUAUCAAGGUUUGAUGAUGAAGAUGAAAGAAAAAAUAAGAAAGGAAAGCAAACAAGGGGCAAAGAUAGAGCUAAAGCUCUGCCAAUUAUUAUUAUACCAGAUGGAGGCAAUAAGUAUGAUCAUGGGCAGCCUCAGAUGUAUUAUACUGGCCCAAAUAAUGAGGAUAUGGCAUCAAAAGCUUUCAAAGAUACAGAUUGCUUGCAUUCCAUGAGCUAUGAAAAAGUUGAGGUUGAAGAGUCAGUUGAAAAGACCUCCAAUGACAGCAUGAAGAGUUACGAAGAAACAGCAACAGUUGUAGAAACUCUGAUUGAGAAAACAAGGAAAAAAUAAGGAGUUGAUUUAUAAAACUGCAGAUGUUACACCUAAUUAAUUGAUUUCAGCUAUUUUAGGAAGAAUUAUUUCAUAUCCAAAUAAGAAUAAUUAUCAAGGACAUUAUAUUUUGAUGAUAACUGUAUACACUUAUGGGUCAAACAGAAUGGAAUGAAUUACUCUGCACAGGGUUGAACUGGGCCAACGGGACACUGGGGCCCUUGUGGGGCCCAUAGCCCAGAUCCACUGUAACUGCUGCUCCCUGAACUCCCUCCACAAGUAGGAAAAAAUGGUAGGGGCAGGGGGGCUGGAAAGGGGUUGCAGCAUGGGGGCCCUAAGCAGCAGCCCCGGUGAAUCCCAGUCUGACCCUGACUCUGCAUGGAGAUUGUUCUACUUUACCCAUUUUCAGUUUUAUUUAUAAAAUUAAAAUGUAAACAUUUCUUUAGACAAUUCUGCAGAUUCUAUUUCAGCAGCUCAGUAAACUGAUGUAAAUACAUGUGACAUCUGGUUAAUUUGCAUCCAAAUAAAAAUCGAAUUCCUUGAGCACGCA